UCAUGUUAGUAACUGCCCUCAGAGGAGAAACCCAAGGGACAAUGUUUAACCAAGUGGCUUGCCUGAGGUACAGGAAUCAUUAUAGGGAAAUGAGGAACAUGAAGUGUGGUUUGGUUUUUAUUUAAGUUGUAUAAAGGCAGUCAUGAGGUGAGGAUGGAUGAAUGCUGUUGACAGUAUGGACUGAAGAGCUGCUGGCAGGUUGGGGAGCGAGUAUGAAGCAUGCCUCUAAGCUGCUCUACUUGGCACACGGGAGGCUUAUGAGUAGAUAUUAGGUAGAUAAAGCUAUUACAUUAGAACUUCAAGGCAGCUCGGUCACCAUCUGAUGCCAAAUAGGAGCAUAUGUGUGUUUGUAAGUCGGGGACAGGGCCAAGAGGAGAGGCGCAGGGAGGUGGCCCCAGGGUAGCAGGGGCGCCCAUCUUGUGCCAGCCCCGCCGAGGUGCCGCGAAGGGCAGAGGACGAGGACUACCCCGGCAGCGCUUCAGCCCCCGCCUCCCCCGUGAGCCGUUCCUGCCGUGACGCCGCGGCGAGCCGCACAGGCGCAGCAGUAUCCAGCCAGCGCCUUUUUUCUCUUCUCCCCUCCUCCCUCUCCCCGUCCGCCCUUCCUUCCUCCCUUCCCUUCCGCCCUGCCGGAGCCGUCGCGGUCGGUGCUGCCACCGCCGCCGCUGCUGCUGUGCGCGCUCUCCUUGCCUCCUGUGCGCCCAGCCGGCAGCGCCUCCGAUCUCCCUGGCUGCCCCAUGAAGAUAUGGCAACGGCCAACUUCGGCAAGAUCCAGAUAGGGAUCUACGUGGAGAUCAAGCGCAGCGAUGGCCGAAUUCACCAAGCUAUGGUAACGUCCCUAAAUGAAGAUAAUGAAAGUGUAACUGUUGAAUGGAUUGAGAAUGGAGAUACUAAAGGCAAAGAGAUUGACUUGGAGAGCAUAUUUUCACUUAACCCAGAUCUUGCACCUGAUGAAGAUAUUGAACCUAGUCCAGAGAUGCCACCACUACCUAUUCCAGCAGCCAAAGUAAACAAAACUGUGAAGAGUCGACGAACUGUGGCACCUAUUAAGAAUGACACUCCUGCCAGAGAUAACAGAGUGGUUGGUUCUGCACGCAUGCGUCUUACUCAGCUUCCUGAACAGUCUUCCUCCUCACAACAGAAUGGUAGUGUUUCAGAUAUAUCUCCGGUUCAAGCUGCAAAAAAGGAAUUUGGACCUCCUUCACGUAGAAAAUCUAACUGUGUAAAAGAGGUUGAAAAAUUGCAAGAGAAACGUGAAAAGAGAAGGUUACAGCAGCAGGAACUUAGAGAAAAAAGAGCUCAGGAGGUUGAUGCUACAAACCCAAAUUAUGAAAUUAUGUGUAUGAUAAGAGAUUUCAGGGGAAGUUUGGAUUAUAGACCACUGACAACUACAGAUCCUAUUGAUGAGCACAGGAUAUGUGUUUGUGUACGAAAACGUCCACUCAAUAAAAAAGAGACUUUAAUGAAAGACCUUGAUGUAAUAACAAUUCCUAGUAAAGAUGUUGUGAUGGUACAUGAACCAAAACAAAAGGUGGAUUUAACAAGGUACCUUGAAAACCAAACUUUUCGUUUUGACUAUGCCUUUGAUGACACAGCUCCUAAUGAAAUGGUUUACAGGUUUACAGCUCGACCAUUAGUGGAAACCAUAUUUGAAAGGGGAAUGGCCACUUGUUUUGCAUAUGGACAAACAGGCAGUGGAAAAACCCAUACUAUGGGUGGUGACUUUUCAGGAAAGAACCAAGAUUGUUCUAAAGGAAUAUAUGCACUUGCAGCUCGAGAUGUCUUUUUAAUGCUAAAGAAGCCAAACUAUAAGAAGUUAGAACUUCAAGUAUAUGCAACGUUUUUUGAGAUCUACAGUGGUAAGGUUUUUGACUUGUUGAACAGGAAGACAAAGUUAAGAGUGUUAGAAGAUGGUAAACAGCAAGUCCAGGUGGUGGGAUUACAGGAACGGGAAGUCAAAUGUGUUGAAGAUGUUCUUAAGCUUAUUGAAAUAGGCAACAGCUGCAGGACAUCUGGCCAGACAUCUGCAAAUGCACACUCAUCUAGAAGCCAUGCAGUGUUUCAGAUUAUUCUCAGAAGGAAAGGGAAAUUGCAUGGUAAAUUUUCUUUGAUUGAUUUGGCUGGCAAUGAAAGAGGAGCGGAUACUUCCAGUGCAGAUAGGCAGACGCGACUGGAAGGUGCGGAAAUUAACAAGAGCCUUUUAGCACUUAAGGAGUGCAUUAGAGCCUUAGGUCGAAAUAAACCUCAUACACCAUUCAGAGCAAGUAAACUUACUCAGGUGCUAAGAGAUUCAUUUAUAGGAGAAAACUCCCGUACCUGUAUGAUUGCUACAAUUUCUCCAGGGAUGGCAUCUUGUGAAAACACUCUAAAUACAUUGAGAUAUGCAAAUAGAGUAAAGGAAUUUGGAAUUAGUCCUUCGGACAUUCCCUUCUCACAGGGUAGUGGCAGUCGCUCUGAUCUCUCUCCUUCCUAUGAGUAUGAUGACUUUUCUCCUUCAGUCACCAGGGUGAAGGAGCUGAUGGUUGAUCCUAACACUGCAGGAGAUAUCCGUCCCAUUAUACACCAUGCUCCAAAUCAGAUCAAUGACUUAGAGACACAGUGGAGUGUGGGGAGCUCUCCUCAGAGAGAUGAUCUCAAACUGCUUUGUGAACAAAAUGAAGAGGAAGUUUCUCCACAGUUGUUUACUUUCCAUGAAGCUGUGUCACAAAUGGUAGAAAUGGAAGAACAAGUAGUAGAAGACCACAGGGCUGUCUUCCAGGAAUCUAUUAGAUGGCUAGAAGAUGAAAAAGCUCUUCUUGAGAUGACAGAAGAAGUAGACUAUGAUGUGGAUUCUUACGCUACCCAACUUGAAGCAAUUCUAGAGCAAAAAAUUGAUAUUCUGGCUGAACUUAGAGAUAAAGUGAAAUCUUUCCGGGCAGCUCUACAAGAGGAGGAACAGGCCAGUAAACAGAUCAACCUGAAAAGACCACGUGCCCUUUGAAAUGGGCCUCUGCUGCUAAAGGAAUCUAUGAACCCAUACUGCUGUAGCACACAUAUGUUACAAAACCCAGUGGCUGUAAGAACUCAGCUACUUGAAAGUGUAAAAAUGUUAGAAAUGUCUGUGGAAAUGUCCUGUUUCUUAUUCACCUAAAUGACAUUUUCAGAUUUGUGUGAAAUGCUCCUACGAUGUCUACAAAAUGCUUCUAGGCCAGACAGUACAACCAUGCAGGGUUCAGAUCUGUGAAGCACUUUGUUUAAAAUAUUUCAUUUAUUCAAAUUGUGAAUUUUGCGUUUGGAAAUAUUUGUCAUGUUUUUAAUAAUGAAGUAAAACUGUGGCCAUUAAAAAGACACAGUAUUUCCUUUUAACUAUGUUCAGUUUUGUUACAAAGACCAGCUGUGCAGUUUGUGUUUGUAUGGAUGCAUAUCUCACUAGUGAUUUUACAUAACUUAUGUUCUACAGACAGCUGUGCUUUUACCUCUUCCCAUUCUGUGCCUUGAUGAAGGCUUCUUAACCCUAAACAUCCUCUUUCUGAAGCACAGCCUUAAUAAACAAUAUUCCUUAUUUGUCAAUAUUUGUCAAUACUUUUAGUGUGUGUACAUUUCUAAUGUGUUUUGAAUUUUAUUUUUUUUUUGGUGGCUAGUGCAUUUCACAGCACUAACAAGAGCUGUUAGAGUGGACAAACAGCUGAACAUUCCAUGCUCCUUGUAAAAAAUCUGGAGUCUAGGUUUAUUUGAAUAUCAUAACAAAUAGCUAUAUAAUUCUAACAUUUUUCCUGUAAUAAAAAAACACAACAAAAAAUCCAAAAAGUAUAAAUUAUUUGAUGUAUAAUAAAGGGUAAUGUUUAAAUACUGAGGAGAGUUGUAUCUUAGGAUAAUGCAGAUAUACAGUAUGCGGUAUGGUGUGAUACUGCUGUCAGAAUAAAGGUACAACCUGACUUCUGCAUAUGGGAUAGGAUAACUGUCAAAAUUCAAGGAUCUGGCUAAAGAAAUACAUAUUGGCCUUUCACAUAUUGUUAAAAUUUGGCUUUUGAUGCAUGACAAGCUUACAUGUACAUUAACUGUAGUUUGCAGAUAGUUUAAGUACCUCUGAUGCUUCAAAAAAACUAGCUAAUACCUAUUUUUCCCUUUAUACUAUAUAGUCCCAGCAACUGAAAAGUGAGGUGAAAUUGCAUCAUUUGAGGAUUUGCACAAUACCUCUACCUAGUGCUAACAGAAAUCCCACAAGUACCUGAAUUCUCACAAAUGGUACCAUGUGUAUCAGCACUUAUUAGGUGGUGGCACUCAAGUUAUUUUUGCAAGUCAGUAUCCAAAACAGAUUGACCUUUCAUGUAAGAAUUUGUCAAAUUAAGAAUUUUAGACCUCUCUGUAAGUUCUCCCUGUUUUCAGGAGUUCAUAUCAGCAGACUUCCCCUUGGAACUGUUUAAAAAUUACUUUUAUAAUACAAACCUGUUUGUUUGUGCCAGGCCUGGAGGGAAACAAAGGGAAGGCAAAGAGGGUUAAAUGAGCCAGGAAUUCUCGUAGUGUUUAAUAUUUGUAUCUCACAUAGGAAGGUAGGCUAUAGGAAGCUCUUGUCGCAUCAUAGUUAAAAAUUAAAAAAAAAAAUAUAUCGUCCUGUGUGUAAACAUGAAAACUGAAACAAUGUAGAUUUUACAUACUGUGUUUAAUAAAUUAAGCUAUUAAGUGAA